AUGAAUUUUCAUCGUCCAUUUUUCUCUAAAACAUCAAAUAGUCGAGUAUCGAGUAAAAUAUUGGACACUAAUGAGCAGUUGAAUGAAGGCAUUUAUCGCUGUAAACAUGGUGUAUCGUAUCAAAUAUUUGUUCAAUCAUUUUAUGAUAGUAACGGGGAUGGUAUCGGUGAUUUGAAUGGUAUUCGACUAAAAUUAGAUUAUUUAAAAGGUUUAGGAAUAUCUUUGAUAUGGCUGAUGCCCAUUCAUCCAUCAAAAUCUUAUCAUAAAUAUGAUGUUGUGGAUCACUUCAGCAUUCAUCCAGAUUAUGGAACGUUAGAUGAUUUUAAGCAGUUGAUUAGAGAAGCGCAUGAAAGAAAUAUACUCAUUAUUAUUGAUCUGGUUGUUAAUCAUACUUCGUGCGAUCAUCCAUGGUUUGUCGACUGUCGAAAUAAUCGAUCAAGCCAAUACAGAGACUUUUAUAUAUGGCAAGAUAGUGAAAAAAUACAGAAAUUAGGACAUAAAAGACUGGCGACACCCGAUAGUGGCUUAACUGGAGUAUGGCAUCCAGUUGUAGAACAAAAUGAAAAUGAAAAUAAACCACCAACAAAUACCAUAUCCGAACUUGUAAUUGCAGCCGUGCAAGACAAUAUUUCAAAAUUUUCAUCUCAAAUUCCAACAGCACCGCCUUUACCAUCAUCAACAGAAAUAAAAAACAAUAAAAAAGCAAAAAAUAAUCAAAACAAUAAUUAUUAUGCGAUGUUUGACCCGUCAAUGCCUGAUUUGAACUAUGACAAUGAAAAUGUUAAACGAGCCGUAAUUGAUAUUGGUAAAUAUUGGCUAAAAUUUGGUGUCGAUGGAUUUCGUUUGGAUGCAGCUAAACACAUUUAUAAACCUCAUAGACCAAAAGACAAUCAUAAUUGGUGGCAACUUUUUCGCUCCGAAAUGGAAAAAAUAAAUUCAAAUGUUUAUCUAGUUGGAGAAGUAUGGGAUAUGGCUUAUGUAAUUGCACCGUAUUUAAGAGGUAUUCCAUCAAUGUUUAAUUUUGAAAUGGCCUUGUAUAUAAUGAACUGCGUUCAUCGAGAACGUUGUCAAGGUUUACUAAAUCGUCACUUAGAAAAUAUUGAAUUUUAUACAGCAACAAAUCCCGAAUAUUUGGAUGCUCUCUUUUUAACAAAUCAUGAUCAAACACGUCUAAUGACAGAAAUGAAUAAAAACAAACAGAAAGCAAAAAUGUGUGCAUCAAUACUUUUGACACUAUCUGGCUCUCCAUUCAUCUAUUAUGGUGAAGAAAUUGGAAUGUUGGGUGAUAAACCAGAUGAAAAUAUUCGAGAACCAUUCUAUUGGACUGAUAAGUCUGAUAAUACGGGUCAAACAACGUGGUUGAAAUGUACCUAUACAACAAGAUCAAACGGUUGUGUACCGUUUGACGAACAAAUCAAUGAUUCAUAUUCUCUUUACAGUCAUUAUAAAACAUUAAUUCAUAUACGCAAUCAAUCAGAUGCGUUAACAUUUGGAGAUUUGAUACCAAUUGAUGUUAAAAAUGCUUCUAUUUGUGCAUUUGAACGUAUAUAUGGGCAAGAUACUGUACUUGUUAUACAUAAUUUGUCAACAAAAUCGGUUACUAUACCGUUACCGAAUAAUAUUUCAGAGAAUGAUGUUACAGUACUAUGGACAACAAAUAAUCAAAACCAAUUGGGCAAGAAGAAUGUAACAGUUUCAGGUUACUCAACAAUUAUUUUAAAACCGAAUAUUGCAAACUAA